AGGAAUGUGAAAAUGAAGCUACUAAUAACCAAAAAUUUAUAUAUGGUUUUCAUAUGGGAAACUAAUGAUAUGCAUACUGUAAUGUUUUUAAUGUCUGUUCAGAAACUGGUGCCAUUAAUAAUAGUUUGUGUACACUCCUCAUUUGUUUGGUGUGAAUAAGUGCCUUACUUAUUUUGUUUAAAGACAAAUAUUUUGAGAAAACAAAGUUGAGUUUGGAAUUAAAUUAAUACUUGUUUUUAUUGCUUCUAAGGGGGCCAGAAAUUCAGCAGAAAGGAAUUAUCUGGCUCCUUGAAACACUUGUUUCCUCUCAUCUGUAACAUUUUCUUUUUUUGGGGACGGGGUUAUUUAUUUAUAUUAAAAAUGUUCUGUAUAUUUCUGCUGUUCUCCUGGAAUGUUUAUUCUGGAUGUACUGAUAUACUUCUCAAACAGCGAUGGAUAGUAUGUGAUGGGACAACAACCACAACCAUAACACACUCCAUAGAACCAUAAUACACUCCCUUUCCCUCUCUUGUUUCCAGAAUUAGGAAGUGGAUCUGUGGUAGAACAGCUUAAAGCACUUUCAUCCAGCACGUUCCAACUUAACGCUGAGGCAGGUAUGCUUCAGAGGAAAACAAACCAAAACAAAAUCCGAAAACAGCCCAAGUUCUGAAUGACAUUGGUGUUCAGUAUUGUGGUUGGGGGAACUCUGCUUCCCCGUAUUAUCACCCACCCAAAGGAGCCUGAAAUGCUUCUGUCUGUAGCCCCAAACAGAUGCUUGAGAACACGUGGGCAGAGCUAGGGUGAAUAAGGCGAUGUUGAAACGUAAUGAAAGUCGUUUUCUUCUUUGCAGGGUAAAAAUGGUGUAACAUACGGGGAAAAAUGGAGAAAAAUCUGAACCUUAAAGCAUUAAGUGAAAUAUUAUUUAUGUAAAAAGUGUUGUGACUUUGGAACGCUGUGAUUUGGAACUACUGGCAUCUGCCAUAGCAGGCGCAGCACCGCUAUGUGCUGGAGUUGCUCCAAGCAGUGUGUGCGUUACGAGGCUGUGGGAGCGCUAACGGAGCUGCCUCUCAGCCCUAACACCUUCAGCACCUUGUCGUCUCAGCCCAGGGCAAGGAGAAUGUGCAGACAGGGUUUAAACACAGCUCUGGGAAGGGUGAAGCUCCAUCUGUGAGCAGCCACAAGUGGAGACAUCAGCUGGGGAGUGAUGGGCUUGAACUCUUAACUUCAGAGAGCACAGCUGGUGGUUCCUGGGGAGAAGUGAAGCCACCGUGUAAAAUAAUUUCUGUAGAUUCUUGUUAAUGUCUGUUUUUUUUUUUCUUUUCACAUUUGCAAUACCAUGCCAAAAUUAUUGCUUACGAGUCAGGAAAGAUUCACUUCUGUGAGUGCUGGUGGUGCUGGGUUCUGCCAGCCGUAUCCGUGCCAUUCAGGGUGCUGAGCGUUAAGCCUUUGUAUGUCACAAUGCUUGAAAGCUUAGGAUUCACCUGACUUGGAUUUCAGCCCACGGUGCAUCCACGCGUAACCCCAGCUGCUGUUCAGGUGGGCUCGGCACAGCAGUCCUAGCAGAGGCUUCCAUAAGCUCAUACCACCACCGCUACUGGGCCGAGCCCUGAAGCUGUUCUAUGCUCCUGAGGAACGCGUCUGUUUCACACUUUGCGUUAUUGCUUCUAGAUGAAUCUUCAACUAUUUGCUUCUUUUGGCUUCACGAGCAGAAAACCUGAAGGGAUGUAUUGCAAGUGCUGGACUGCAGAAGAGGAGAUGCACACGGAGGCCACCAGUGGUUUCACCUUCAGGCUGGUUUUUUUUCUAUUAAGCAAUGUUGUGCUUUAUGAAGCCAAAUGUUUUAGUGAUGAGUGCUUUUCCUUUGCGUGAACCUCCAGCGUGCCUGUUACCUCGCUGGGGAUGCAAUAUGCCUUUUUGGCUUUCCAUUCCUAACAAAAACUGAAUUGCCAUUGCACUUACAGCAGUUGUCUUAAAAGCAAUAUUACAAAUAAAAAUGAAAAGAAAUCUCUACUUGUCCCUGCCUGGACUUUAGAUAGCUAGAUACUUUGCUGGUGUUAUUCAUACAGGUCUUAGCUGAGGACUGUCACUGCUGCAUUGUACACCAUUACUAUGUGGUUUUGUUCCUUCAGGGUGAAUGCUUUGUACGUGGCAAAGCAAGGAACACCCAGGUUUAGCCAAUAUCAGUACUGCCUCAGUGUCCUGCAGGUACCUGGUGCUUACAUAGCAGGUGAUGGGUGUCUGUGGUUUGUAGGGCCCGCAGACAGCUUCUAAGCAUCCUGCACCUGCCUAAAGCCACUUCUGCUCCUUGGACUGUUCGGUGUUUCACAAAUGCUUCAUUUAUUUAGUUAGUUGUGGUCCAGUUAAGCAACUUACGAGGCCACAUAGCUCACGUUUCUUAGGAUUUGCCUUUCAACAGCCUGCCCUCGUUAUGCAGAGUCCUUGAUCCAUGUUAUUUAACGUUGUUUAAUUAUUUAACGUUCCCUUCUGAGGUUUUGACAAGCUUAAGUAAGAAAAACCUGAAUAAGCAGAGACACUGACUAGCAAUGGGCCACUUCCACAGGUGGAAAUGGAAUUCUAGUGUAAGCCUUUCUUAGCUAUCCUUUUGUCUCAAGUGAGCUUUUCACCCUGUUUUUUCUUUUGCAUAUCACGCUGCAAAACCUGUACUUCUGCCUGGGGAGCAGUUCAUCAGGCAUGAAAUCACAGUUGGCUGUAACCUAUCGGCUGCCUACAAGGCAGCGUAACAGGAUUAUCUGUUGCUUGGAGUACAGUUUUGAUCAGAAAACUGCGAUGGGAGAAGGAUUUGUGGUUGUCUUGCAUUCACCAGAGAACAAAAAAUGUUUCAUUGUGGCUGUGCUGGCACACACACUGCUAAUGAGGGCUCGGCACCGCGCAGCUGAGCAAAGGUUUCCUUUGGCUUUGUUCCCCUUUGCUCUGAGAGGGGAGUCUGCAGUGAGCAAAGGGCUUAGGGCUGCUUCUCGAGUUCCGCCCCGCACUUAGAAAAGCCCACGUGCUCGUGUAUACACACUGUGGCUUUUUAACUUGUUUUCAUGCGAGAAUUAAGCUCGCAUAAACUUGUUUAGUCUGCUUUUUUUAAAACCCUUAAUUUGGUUUGAGUGUUCUGGUUCGCUUGGAGUAGAUUUAUUUGAAAAACAUGUUAAGCUGAAAUGUCACUUCCAACACUGUUUAGCUCUCAUUGAUAUCUCGGGUUGGAUAUUAUGAGACAUUUUUUUCUCCAAAGAGCGCUCAGCACUGCACAGGCUGCCCAGGGCUGGGGGUCUCCAUCUCUGGGGGUGUUCCAGAGCCGUGGGGAUGUGGCACUGAGGGACGUGGGCAGUGGGCAUAGGGGGGUGGGCUGUGGAUCUCACAGGGCUUUUCCAGCCUCCCGCCAUCGCUGGUGUCACCUGGUUUCUCAGCAUGGCAUGGGAUGGGGAUGCAGAGCUGAGGUGAAGUGCAGCUCCAGUUCCUCUUUUAUUAUUGUUGUUUUGUUUUUUUCUUUGUAAUCUCUUCUGCUUGGGAAGAAUUUAGGUCUCUGAAAAAAACCCUCAAAGCUGCUUUUCGUGUGAAUGGCAAGACAAAGCCCCGCAAGGCAUCGGGAGGAUUUCAGCCUGAAAGCCACCUCUGUUCCAGUGCUGAGCCCAUGGGCUGCGGGCAGCUCCCGUGGCUCCUUCCUGCGCUCCCAUAAAAACCCGCACGUGGCUCCGGGAGCCUCAAAUCCUGCACCGAGACGAUGUACAGCCAGGUGGAGCACCCCGCGGGAGGUUACAAGAAGCUCUUUGAGACGGUGGAGGAGCUGUCCUCGCCCGUCACUGCCCACGUCACAGGCAGGAUCCCCACCUGGCUCAGAGGCAGCCUCCUGCGCUGCGGGCCCGGCCUAUUUGAGGUCGGGGCAGAGCCCUUCUACCACCUCUUCGAUGGCCAGGCACUGCUGCACAAGUUUGACUUCAAGGAGGGGCACGUCACCUACCACCGGAGGUUUGUUAGGACAGACGCUUACGUGCGAGCCAUGACGGAGAAGAGGAUCGUGAUAACUGAAUUCGGUACCUACGCCUACCCAGACCCAUGCAAGAACAUUUUCUCCAGGUUUUUCUCCUACUUUAAAGGAGUGGAGGUCACUGAUAACGCCCUCGUUAACGUCUACCCUGUUGGCGAGGAUUACUAUGCCUGUACGGAGACCAACUUUAUAACCAAAAUUAACCCAGACACUCUAGAGACAAUUAAGCAGGUGGAUCUCUGCAAGUACGUCUCCGUCAAUGGGGCCACAGCUCACCCCCACGUGGAGAACGACGGCACAGUUUACAACAUCGGCAAUUGCUUUGGGAAGAAUUUCUCACUGGCCUACAACAUCAUACGGAUUCCUCCACUCCAGGCAGACAAAGAGGACCCAAUGAACAAGUCAGAGGUGGUGGUGCAGUUCCCUUGCAGUGACAGAUUUAAGCCCUCCUAUGUGCACAGUUUUGGCCUGACCCCAAACUACAUCGUGUUUGUCGAAACCCCGGUGAAGAUCAACCUCCUCAAGUUCCUCUCCUCCUGGAGCCUUUGGGGAGCCAACUACAUGGACUGCUUUGAGUCCAACGAGACCAUGGGGGUCUGGCUUCAUGUGGCGGAGAAAAAGAAAGGGCAGCUCCUCAAUAUCAAGUACCGGACCUCAGCCUUCAACCUGUUCCAUCACAUCAACACCUUCGAGGAUAACGGGUUCCUCAUUGUCGAUCUCUGCACAUGGAAGGGAUUUGAGUUCAUUUACAAUUACCUCUACUUAGCCAACCUCCGAGCAAACUGGGAUGAGGUAAAGAAGAAUGCAGAGAAGGCUCCCCAGCCCGAAGCCCGCAGAUACGUGCUGCCCCUCCACAUCGACAAGGCUGACACAGGCAAGAACCUGGUCACCUUGCCCUACACGACAGCCACUGCAACGCUGCGCAGCGAUGAGACCAUCUGGCUAGAGCCAGAAGUUAUUUUCUCAGGGCCACGCCACGCCUUUGAAUUUCCACAGAUCAAUUACAAGAAAUACAGCGGGAAACCAUAUACGUACACAUAUGGGCUUGGACUGAAUCACUUUGUUCCAGACAGGCUCUGCAAGCUGAAUGUUAAAACAAAGGAGACCUGGGUGUGGCAGGAGCCAGAUUCAUACCCAUCGGAGCCGAUCUUUGUUUCCCAUCCAGAUGCUCUGGAGGAGGAUGAUGGGGUGGUGCUGAGCAUUGUGAUCAGCCCCGGCUCCGGGCCGAAGCCUGCCUACCUCCUGAUCCUGAACGCCAAGGACAUGAGCGAAGUGGCCAGGGCUGAAGUGGAGGUGAACAUCCCUGUGACUUUCCAUGGACUCUUCAAAAGAGCGUGACCGCUGCCUGCAACGUCC